GGCGGCGGAAGCGAUGAGGGUUCUGGUGCGGGGCUGCUGGGGGCCGCGGCUAUGCGGUGGCGCAGUGGGUGGGAGGCCGAUCCCUUAUUGGCGAGUGUUGGCCGGGCUCGGCGGGACCCAAGGCGGGGAGGACUGCCGGGACACCCGAAUCCGCGAGAAGCCGCCCUGGCGGGUGCUCUUUUUCGGCACGGACCAGUUCGCCCUCGAGGCGCUGCGGGCGCUGCACACCUCCAGGGAAAACAAAGAGGAAGAGUUAAUCGAAAAACUGGAGGUGGUCACUGUACCUUCCCCAUCACCGAAAGGACUGCCAGUGAAGCGAUAUGCGGUGCAGUCCCAGCUCCCAGUGUAUGAGUGGCCAGACGUGGGAUCUGAAGAAUAUGAUGUGGGAGUAGUGGCUUCAUUUGGCCGACUUUUGAGUGAGGCUCUUAUUCUUAAAUUUCCCUAUGGCAUAUUGAAUGUCCAUCCCAGUUGCCUCCCGAGGUGGCGUGGUCCAGCCCCUAUAAUCCACACAGUGCUUCACGGAGACACAGUUACUGGAGUAACAAUUAUGCAAAUUAGACCUAAAAGGUUUGACGUGGGCCCAAUUCUCAAGCAGGAAACCAUUCCUGUGCCACCCAAGAGCACAGCAAAGGAAUUGGAAGCAGUAUUGUCAAGACUGGGUGCCAACAUGCUUAUUUCAGUUUUGAAAAAUUUGCCUGAAAGUCUGAACAAUGGAAGGCAGCAGCUAACUGAGGGGGUGACGUACGCCCCUAAGAUUUCUGCUGGUACCGGCUAUAUAAACUGGGAGGAACAAACUUCGGAGCAAAUAUUCAGACUUUAUCGUGCCGUUGGAAAUAUAAUCCCGUUGCAGACACUCUGGAUGGAGAAUGCCAUUAAACUUCUGGAUUUGGUAGAAGUUAACAAUUCAGUCCUUGCUGAUCCAAAAUUAGCAGGACAGACAGGACAGGCUGUUAUUCCAGGAUCAGUAAUAUACCACAAACAGUCACAAAUACUGCUGGUUUAUUGCAAGGAUGGCUGGAUCGGUGUUCGAUCAGUGAUGCUUAAGAAAACACUAACAGCUACUGAUUUCUACAAUGGAUAUUUGCACCUCCAAUACCAAAAGAAUUCCCAAGGUCAACCAAGUCAGUGCAGAUUUCAGACUCUCAGACUUCCAACAAAGAAGCAGCAGAAGAAAAUUGUUGCUGUGCAACAGUGCAUUAAGAAGUUAGGAAGAAGAUGGACAAGAAUCUAUUACAUAUUUGUAAUUUAUUAAAAGCCUUAUUUACAAGGAAUUACCUUGACUUGCAAAGCAGAUGGCGCUGUUGGAGGAAGAGAAGAUAAUUGUCAAAAAGAUGGAUUGCCUCACUUUCCACUUUGUGUGUAACAGUAGUUAAAAAGAGUUUUUUCUACUUGAAUAACAGAAGAGGUUUAAAUAAAAUUUGUAUUUAUAAUAAUACAAAACUCAAGGAGAUUGGAUCUUUGCCUAAUAGCAAUGACAACUAACUGGUGUGUGUAUGUGUAUGUAUAUAUGUAUGUGUGUGUAUAUAUAUAUUUAAGAGAUUCCUUCAAAAACAGCUCAUCUAUUUUUAAAAUCAUAUGUCACAGUUGACUGCUAUUAUUUUAGGAGUAUUUAAUCUGCAUUUCUGAUUUUCAAUAAGUAGUAAAUUCAGCUCUUUAAAUUUCUGUACCAGGGAGAUCUCAUCAAGUAAUAAACUUAGAUAUUGUUUAAUAAUCUCUGCCACAUCGAUAUGUACUAUAAAUUCACAUUUUACAUCUAGGUUUUCUUGAA